CCAUAAUCUAUUAGCUGUAAUAUCGGGAAGCCCGUCCCGUAUCCUUUUCAUGAGCUGUCUGAAGCAGGACAUACACAACCUUAGAGAAUAAGAGCAUCAUUUCAGGGAAUCACAUCCUGCCUGAAACAGCAUUCCAGCCGUCAGUCUGACAAAGAGGACAGGAAGAAAAUGCCUCCGGGUUUCGGCGAUGAGAGAAACGGAGACCAGUGUGACAGGUCCAUAUGUGUUAACAACCCUCAUCUGGAGUCCAUGAAAGAAGACAUACUGUACCAUCUCAACCUGGAUACAGCCACUCAUGACUUGCCAAAACAGUUUGGGGAUGUUAAAUUUGUAUGUGUCGGAGGAAGUCCAUGGAGGAUGAAGUCUUUCAUCGAGUACAUUGCUAAAGAGCUGGGCCUAGCAGAUCCAAAAGGAGAGUACCCAAACAUCUGUGAGGGGACGGAUCGCUAUGCCAUGUACAAAGUAGGACCUGUGCUGUCUGUUAGUCAUGGCAUGGGCAUUCCCUCAAUCUCAAUAAUGUUACACGAGCUUAUCAAACUCCUCUAUCAUGCCCGCUGCACUGAUGUCACUGUGGUGCGCAUUGGGACCUCUGGUGGAAUAGGUCUGCAGCCAGGCACAGUUGUAGUCACCAAACAGUCGGUGGACGCCAUGUUCCUGCCGCGCUUCGAGCAGGUGGUCCUGGGUAAGACACUGGUGAGGAGCACGGAGCUGGACGUCGAGCUGGCAGAGGAGCUGCUACAGUGCAGCAAAGACCUGGCAGAGUUUGAGACUGUCAUUGGGAACACCAUGUGCACUCUGGACUUCUAUGAAGGUCAAGCCCGUUUGGACGGGGCUUUCUGUUCAUACACUGAAGAGGAAAAACAAAACUACCUGUCCGAGGCGUACGCAGCAGGAGUCCGCAAUAUUGAGAUGGAGUCUUCUGUUUUUGCUGCCAUGUGCAAACUCAGUAAUAUACGAGCGGCUGUGGUGUGUGUGACGCUCUUGGACCGGCAGAAAGGAGACCAGCUGACCAGUUCUCAUGAAGUCCUGCACAGCUACCAACAAAGGCCACAGAUCCUCGUUGGCCAUUACAUCAAAAAGAAGCUUAAUGCCUUCAAGAGAACUUAGCUUUUCCGUUCAUAACACUGGAAUGUAAAACAAACCAAAGUUUCAGAGACAUCCUAUCCUGGUGAUAUCAGUAUGAUUUUACAUGAAUUAUACAGAAUUGCCUUUGCUAGUAGCCACACCUGUAUACUGAUUAUACAAGCACUUGAAUAUAUUUGAAUAUUUUAAGAUUUUAUGACACAUGCUCUGUGCUUGAUGCUGUCUAUUAUUUGAAAAAAUUUAUAUAAUAAAAUGCAGAACUAUUAUAUAAAGAUUAAA